GCCAUCCGCGCCGUAAUAGUGGUGAAUUUCACUUUUCAUUCCAACAACUUCAUUGUUCCUGGCUGAUUUGAGUAAAAUUGCAAAAUACGACUCACGGGUGGUCGUUUUAGAAUAAUUUAAAGACAUGUUAAUCCCUUCGGAUAACCCUGGGAGCAGUUUUAAUUGUAAGAAGUAGGUACUGGGUAGACAUCGUGAGCUGAUGGAAACAGUGUCAAGGCUAAUUCAGAAGAGGAAUUCGCAAUAAUGAAAAUGAAGAUGGGCAGUCCGAAUUUAGGAUAUUCUUACCACCUUCCAUCGGCUGGAUGGAAUCUCAAGAUUAGAAAUGCAUUGUCCCAAUGCAGCGAUAUUUUCAGCGAAUUCAAUAAAUACAUUGCCCCUGCAUACCAUCACGAUCGCUGCGAAAGGUCUGUUCAAAUGCGAUUGUACUCCAUGCACAAAAGAGAAUUCGUCAUGGUCUUCGUUGCCUUUUUUGCGUGCUUUGGAUUAGCUGUCUUUAUUGGACUUACAGGUCCACCUAUCACUUCAACCAGUGAGCAAAAAGCCCAUCCAAAUGGCAGUGAUAUGGCCACCGGGCCUUUCAUAAUGAAGACACCUUCCCUUUCAACUUAUAGUCAACAACUCUGGGUCAUUGCUAAAUUGUCUACUCUGAAUAGUGAUGAUGAAAGGUAUGAUAAAAGUUUUCAAGUGAGUGUUUCGAUAGACGGUAUCACACCUGAUCGUAAAUUGGAACCAUUUUUGACUGCAGAGUCCGGACAUAAUAGAACGCGGCACCUAAAGUGCGAAAGACAAAAUUGCGAAGAUUUCGUAGUAGCUCAUUUGGGAUUUCUCCACUUUAGUCAUUACAUAAUUACUGUUCGGUUCCAUGGUUUGGAGAGUUUCCAUCAACGCUAUACGAUCCGAGACCUCACAUUCUACUUCAAGAACUACAAUCCAGCCUUUACGCAAAUAGAGAUUUGGUUCAGACUCAUAUUCCUAAUAGCCACGUUUGUAGUAACGUGCUGGUUUGGCAAUUCUCUUCGAAAAUAUCAUGUUCACGAUUGGUCGAUAGAACAAAAAUGGAUUUCCCUCUUACUCCCACUACUUAUACUCUACAACAAUCCAUUAUUCCCGAUGAUAUUUUUGAUAAAUUCUUGGAUUCCUGGGAUGCUAGAUGCAGUACUUCAGACGACGUUUCUCUGUGCAAUUCUAAUGUUUUGGCUUUGUGUCUACCAUGGUUUACGCCAGAAUGAAAGACGAAUCGCAACGUUUUACUUGCCAAAAUUGCUAAUUGUUGGAUUAUUAUGGGGAGCAGGUCUCACUUUGGCAACUUGGCUGAGGUGCACAGAGCUCGAAGAUCCUACGUAUAAUUACAUUCUGGAUACUUCGAAUUACUACGGAUUUAAGGUGUUUUUCCUUACGAUGGGAGGAAUCUAUGGUGCUUACCUUAUUUUACUGAUUCUACGGGCGUACAGUGAACUUCGAUCAAUGCCAUUUUUCGACCUUCGACUGAGAUUUCUGACACUCCUGGCUGCAGUGGUCAUAGGAGUCUGUGCUUUGGUUACAGCUCGGAAAUUCGGAGCUGGUGUAUUAGAAGAUAGUUUUGCCUCUCGUCUUUCAACCUACUAUCAAACAUCAGCCCAAUUUAUGGCCCUUUACGGUCUCUUAAAUUUUUAUCUUUACACCAUGGCUUAUGUGUACGCUCCUGCUGUUCAGCAAGUCUAUGGCCAACAUUCGUCCAUAACGAAAGAUAAUCCAUCGUUUUCGAUGAUAAAUGAUUCCGACGAAGAAGUGAUUUACGGAUCCGAUGAAGACAGUCGACGACCUUUGACUCGAGCGCCGAGAAAUACAGACGACAGUGAUUGAAGAAAUAAAAUUUCUUUUUCUUGUGGAGAACUUGAAAAGCAAAAGAACGCGGAUGCAUCGACUUAUACAAUGUCUACAAUUCAACCAUUACAAAUAGAUUCCUGUUAUGCACUUUUUGUGCAGUUGAAAAGACUAUACAAAAUUUAUCUUUAUUAUAUGUAGCCAUAUUGUAAUAAUAAUUAUAGCCUUUGGUAUGUAAUAUUUUUUACCUAUAGUAAUUUUUAAUAUGAAUAAGUGUACAUAUAAUU